CUCCAACAAACAAGCCACCCUCGCACCGCCACAUCUGAUAAGAUCUCAAUAAAGGCGGAACUAACCUAACGCGCUAAAAUCCCAUCAAUUGAUGUCGUCACUUGCUCGUUGCCGAUUUAUCAGUGGCGUCGCUUCACAGCGUCAAACUUACCUACCUACCUAUACAUUUUCACUCCUUAUACUCAAUUCUCCUUCCUAAUUCUGCAACCCACCCAACCUUUUCAAAAUCUCAUAUUACCUAAAAAAACACUCCGGACGACUAGAGUGGCAUCGGUUCGGGAUGAGGCAUGACAUUCCGCUGCGCAGUGUCCGGGACCACUUUAGCCGCUCACGCAGUCCGCCCCCCGCGCCGAUAUCUGCCAUACGCCUCUUUUCUCGUCGCGCCGACUGCAAGCUCGACGGCCCAGCAGAAACAGCAGAAACAGCAGAAGCCGUUCCACAGCACCGCGGGCCUUCGAGACGAGCAGAUCGACAACUCCCGGAACCACUAUGAGACGCUGAAACUGCAGCCGGGCGCAACGCCUGCUGAUAUUAAAAAGUCCUUCUACUCCCUCUCCAAAUCCCACCACCCCGACCACAACCCCUCCAACCCGCACGCCUCCCGACGCUUCAUGCGCAUCAGCGAGGCCUACUCCAUACUCUCGAUCCCCGCCAAGCGCGCCGCCUACGACCGGGAUACCUUGCGCCUACACCACCCCCCUCCCUCCUCUCACCCCCACCACCGCGGCUCCUACAGCAGCACCAACCCCGCCGGCGGCCGCCCCGCCUCGGGCCUAAGCCGCCGCCGCGGCACUUUCCAGGGCCCGCCGCCGAGUUUCUUCCGGAGCGGCGGCUGGGGCGCCCACGGCGCCAAGCGUCGCGCCGCGCAUGAUGAGAGCACCGGGUCCUCUUCUUCUACGUCCCACGCCUCUUCUUCUUCCACUUCCCAUACCUCCUCCGCGGGUACGGGCUCUUUCGGUGCGGGGGGUAUGGGACCAGGGCAAACGCCCUUUGGCCGCGGCGCCGAAGACGACGUCCCGCACUUCGAUCGGGUAUCGCAUGAGCGCACGGGCCGGCAUAUCGAUAGUCGGCGAGCUGUGCGGCGCGCGCAUCUCGACGAUCAGUACAUUAACAUCGAACCAGAGCGAAGCACCGCGGGCAUGUUCUUACUGAUCGGCAGUGUGUUGGUGCUGAGCGUGCUGGGUCCAUUCGCGAUUGGUAGGAUAUGGAAUCGGGGUAGUGGGGGCGGGGACAAAAAGUUGGAGAGAAAGGGGAAAUAGGAUUCGCUAUUUCGGCGGCGCAGUAGAAUCAACCGCCAGCAUUUAUUAUACGUCACAGGAAGCAAACUCUCGAGGCUGUGCGCAGAGACAAAGAAAUCUCUUGCAAUUACAGAUGCGUAAAGAAUUCUGUAUAUUCAGAACGAUGCAAAUAUUAGCAUUUGGACGGCAUCGAACGCCCAAGAGGUCUAAUGUCUACAAUUGAGAUAUUUUGACUCGUAUGCGAAGAAUCCUGCUUGUUUUGUAGAGCAUACAAAUAAUGACGAGAGGGUAUUGGGCA